AUGGCUCCCCACUUGCCCAUGAAUGCUCAGCCUUUUGUUCAGAAUCAGAUGGGAGACUUUGACGCGUAUCCAGGACAGUUUGGCUUCGAUGCUUCCCAAGUCCCCCAAUACCAGAAUGUCAGCGUUGUAGGACACCCGCCAUCUGGAUUUCCUCAACCAUACCCUCCACCACAACAGCAACACCAUGCAAAUCCCCACCACGGACAAACGCAUCCCCAUACAGGCCCGCAUCCUCAUCAUCCUCAUCACCAGCCUCACCCUCAUCCGCAGCAAGCCCAUCCCCACCCUCACCCCCAUCCGCACCACCAACAGCACCUGUCACAUCCUCAUCACCCGGGUAUUCAGCCCACAACAACCAUUGUUUCUCAUCGACUCCCUCAAGCCCAGCAGCAGCAGCAAGCCCAGCAGCAGCAACAGGCUCAACAGGCCCAGCAACAGCAGCAGGCGGCAGCAGCCCAACAAGCUCAACAGCAAGCCACACAGCCAGCACAGCCACACAGCCAGCAGCAGGCCAGCAGCAGCAGCAGCAACAGCAAGCCCAGCAGCAAGCUCAACAGCAGCAACAGGUCCAGCAGCAGCAGCAGCAACAGCAACAACAGCAAAUCCCCCCGGAAAACCGACGAAGACCGGCUAACAUAUCCCGACAGCAGCCUCCGGCAAAAGCAGUUGUUCAAACCCAGAGCCAGAAUGCUAGGCCUUUAUCCUAUCAGUACCCCCAUUCUUCGCCACCGCGGGGGAGCCCCGGCUCAACAAAGGUUUCAAAUCCCAAUCACGACGUUGACUUCCAAACCGAUGUCGACACCCUAAUGAAGGCGAUACAAGCAAGGCAACCUGUAGUAAUAAAAGCCGAAUCAAACUCACCUUCACCAGGUUAUCCCCAGCCCCGACAGCCACUGAAGAACCCGCCAGUAACACCAAUACAUCCAGCCGGUUUCCAGAAUAGAUCGCCCUAUACGAGCAACCCGUACGGCCAGAAUGGCUAUCCACCACAACUCAGCAGCAAUCUCCAGGCACAAGCGUCGGGGAGUGGGCUCGGUCUCCCCAAGUUGUUGGCCGAGGAUGAGGACCCAUCAUCCAGGGGGGGAAAGGAGGAGAAAAAGUCGGGUUCGCAGAAGGCGAAAAAGAGAUACGAAUGCGAUGUUCCCGGUUGUAACAAGAGCUUCUUUCAGAAGACACACCUCGAUAUCCACUCCAGGGCACACACUGGAGAUAAACCUUUUGUCGGUUUCCCCCAUUUUUCCUCAUUAUUUUCCCCCGCUUUAUUCCCAGCGGAUGGCCAUCCCCCCCCCCCCCCUCUCUCCUCCCUUCCUUUGCGGUUUCCGUUAAUCAUCACGCUCCUCGCUCCCUCAAUAUAGUUCGUAGUGCUGACAUUAGAGAUAGCCCUGUAGUGAACCUGGAUGCGGCCAGCGAUUUUCCCAGUUGGGUAACCUGAAGGUCCGUUCUCCUCCCGUGCUUAGACUCUGCUCUAUUUGCCCGUUUUCUGUAUCCAGGGGAUUUCAGCCCUCAUCUGUAUGUUGGUGAUUGAUUUUUUUUUUUGAUGUUCUCUUUUAGACACACGAGCGUAGACAUACUGGCGAGAAGCCCUAUUCCUGCGAUUUUUGCGGUAAACGGUUUGCCCAGAGAGGCAAUGUUCGUGCUCACAAGAUUGUACAUGAUGGCUCAAAGCCUUUUACUUGCCGGCUGGACAACUGUGAAAAGCAGUUUACGCAAUUGGGGAAUCUUAAGGUGCGAGCGCUCUCUACUCCCCCUACAGCCUACUGGAUGAAUCGCGGGUGAUAUUCCAUGUUUCGUUUUGACUACGCAUUUAUUAAUAUUUGUUCGCCGUGUGUGCCCCACAGUCCCAUCAAAAUAAGUUUCAUGCCGUAACUUUGCGGCAAUUGACAGAGAAGUUUGCACAAGUUCGGGAGGGUGACGACAUUUCAGCGGCGGACAGAGAGUUGUUCGAGUACUUUGCCGAGCUCUACAAGAACUCGAAUCGCGGCAUCAAGGGGAGGGGGAAGGACAGGAAGAUCACGGGCACAAAAAAGCCCAGAUUGGUUGAUGGGGAGAUGGGCAGCGAUGCUGGGCGUCAUGCGGGUGGUGACAUGCACUCGAUGACCUCCCCGAACGGUUCCUGCGGGAGCAACUCUAAUCCCGAUGGGGGAUUCGAUUUCUCGGCGGGGCAUAUGGACGAGGAGGAUGAGAGUUCUGUGGAUUCGCCAUACGAACAGCAGCAGCUUCCUCCCAUGAGGCCUGGCGCGGGAUCGGUCGCGAUGGUACCAAUGGGCGCUUACCCCGACGAUACCAUGGCGCUACAUACGGACAUGGCUAAGUACAGCUUGGACCGGAAGUUUUAACAGUAGGAUCAUUAUUUUUUUUGAUUUUUUUUGAAAAAGGAAAGAACAAAAAAAAAGCUUAUUUCUACAGUACAGUUUUUAUUUUGCGGCUCGGUAAUAUAUCUCCUGAUCUGCAUAGCCGUUUGGCUGUGUUUCCUUUUCCUUUUCCUUUUCUUUUUCCCUUUUUCUUUUUCUUUUUCUUUUUUUUUUUUUUUUAAAAUUUACCCCUUCUUUUUAACCUACUGUCACUUAUUUCCUUUUUUCUUGUUUUUUCUUUUUUCCUUUCUUUUCUUUUCUUCCUUCCCCGUACCCUGUUGCUCGGUUCUGAUCCGGGGUAAUCAGGCGAAAGGAAAGGGAAAGAAAGGAAAAUGGGCGUUGGCCGAUUAGCGGAUUUGUUCGUUUUUUUUUUUUCUUUUCAAUUAUCAUUUCCCUUCUUUCCAACUUUUCUAUUCCUUUGGUGUGGGGUGCAUUCAUUUCCUUUUUUUAUACCGUUCUGUGUUAAAAAAAAGUCUACCAUCAUGCGGCUGGUAAUAAUUCGAACCUUUUUUUUUCUCCCCCGCCUUCCGCAGACUAUUGCUUUUCAUCCAUCCUCUAUCUAUCUACGAUUUGUUAUUAUUUCCCGUCCCUACCGUACGUCCAUCUGUCCAUCCAUCCCACACAGAAAAGAAUCAAGGAAGGAGGGAGAAAGGAAAACGGAUGGAGAAGAAGGCGGAGAAAGAAGAGGAGGAAAAAAAAAAAAUCCGGAAAUCUCGGCACGAUUUGGGGGCGCUUGCUUACUUAUCUAGUUUGUUAUUUAUAGCUGGUGCUGUGGGUGCUUUUAUCAUCUCGUGGUUGAGCAUAGUUUGAAUUGUUGAUUUCGAUUUUGACACUUUUGAUUUGAGGUUACAAUUACCCUCCUCUGGUUCAUUUUGUCUCGCCCCGCUCUGCCUGCUGCGGUAUGGGAUAGGGUGGGCUGGGCUGGGCCGGCCUGGUUGGGUAUGGUACGGCAUGAUACGAUAGUUGCUCCUUCCUCCCUCUUCCUCGAUAUCUUUUUUGAGAGAGUGGAUAAAUGUGUGUGUGGUGUGUGGUGGGG